UUUAAGGAGCUGAUUUCUAGGGCACACCAUAAAGAUUGGAGAAGUGAACUGAAGAGAAUGUAUUCUGAGCACCCAGUGGAGAAAUGAGCAAGCAAGAGAGACUCCCACUGCUGCUGCUAUUGCCACUAUCUUCAAUUCUACUAUUUCUUUGCCCAAAAGAUUGUUUAUCUCUGUCUGGCCCCAGUGAGGUGACUGGAAUUGUAGGAAAAUCCUUGAUUGUGCAGUGUUCCUAUGAAGAACAAUACAAGACUAAACAUAAAUACUGGUGCAAAAGCUCAUAUUAUAUCUUCUGUGAGAAUUAUCCAGACUCAAGAGUUUCCAUCAGAGACAAUCAAGAAAACCUAACAUUCACAAUCACCAUUAAAAACAUCACUGAAGCUGAUACAGGAAAGUAUUUUUGUGGGAUUGAUGGACUGUUAUUGGAUUCCAAGUUCCCAGUUACUAUAAUUAUUUCUCCAGCAUCUACAGUGGUCCCAAAUAGAUAUAUUUAUAUAUCUAUAACCACAUCACCAACAAACAAAAUAACGAGCAAAAAUGAAAUAGGUGGAGAGAAGACUUCAAAAGAAAUUAAUGACCUUAUGCAACUCCCAAGAUCUGGCGUUCUUGACAAGUCUGUACUACUGCUCUUGAUCCUGGGUCUUUUAAUUAUUUUAUUGGUGGGAGCUUUGUGUUUGGCUUGGAAAAUGAGACAGAAGAAAGCUCGUGAGAAAUCCAAAGUGUUCCUGGACUCUGGUCAGCCCAUUAAUGAACUUUGUUACAAGAAUCUGAAGCUGCAGGAGAGACCCUCAAAUCAGGAUCCACUUAUCCAAAGCAACCCAGAAUACAACACUGUGAUUGAUGAUCAAGACCAGUCUGUUACAUAUUCCAUCUUAAAUUUUCCUCCAGACAAUCAAAAUAUAGCUCUGGAGACUCAGAAGGACCUAGAGGAGAAAACAGUAUAUGAUACAAUAAAGUUGACAUAGGCUGCAACCAAUUGGCCUUCUACACUGAAACCAAGCCCUUUGGAGAAAAACAUAAAUAAAUUUAUAUCUCUUUUCCACAGAGCCUUAUAUAAAAAUUUUAUAUUGUAAUGGUGUCUCAGAAGUAGGUAUGUACCACAUACUAAUAUAAUUAACUAAAAGAAUGGCUGGUAGGAGGGUGGGAAGAGGAUAAUUUUCAUCUGAAACCCAUAUAGAAAGAUAUAUGAGAAAGAAGAUCUAUCUUGGCUGGGAUCGAAGAUCUGGGUUCAAAUUCUGUUUCUUUCUGAGUCUGAGAGAACUAAUUGAAUGUGGAUCAAAACACCAUUUUUACCUUUUUGUUGUUGUUGCUUGCUUGUUUGGGUUUUUUCUUUCUUUCUCAUGUUUUUUCCCUUUUCAUCUGAUUUUUUUUUGUGUGUAGCAUGGUGAAUAUGGAAGCAUAUUUAAAAGCGCUGUACAUGUUUAAUCGAUGUCAGAUUGUUUACUCUCAAAGAGGAAAGAAAGAAGUUUGGAAUAUGUUUUGCAGGUGUGGAUGUUGAGGUCCAUUUUUUGUACAUAUUAGGAAAAAUAAAAUACUAUAAUCAAAAAAAUUUUAAAGAUAUUUUGCAUUUGAAGUAGCAUUAAUUCAGUUACUCAUCACAAUUUGAGAUUUAAAGUCAUAAACAAUCCCCCCUUAGCAUACCCACUAACAGUUCAAGUUUGGCAAUACCCAUUACUCUUCCUAUGCUUUGCUUAUUUCAUUUUGCUGUUAGACACCCUGAAGUCAGAAAAGUUGUAAUGGAGUACCACCUUCACUUUUGACUAACUGUGCCUUCCUAGGCUUGUCACUGGAUCACUCUGAGGGUCAGGCUCCUCAUCUGUAAAAUGAGAAUCAUGAGAUUCAGAGCUAUAAAGACAUUCAGACACCAUUUUCAGUCUUAGAGACUUUUGAAAAAAUAAUUCUGUAUAAGUUUGCUUAUUAACUGUAACCUGGAACUCAGUGUCAGCAUUUGCAUAAGAGUCUCCUUAUUACAGGAGAAACCCAUUAUUCAUACCUCUGUUCCAAGAUAAGGGGGUAGAGUUGGCAAAAAGUUAGGAGAGGAGAGAUGCUUGAUUUUUUGGCUUCAGUCUUUGAGAAGCUACACAAGGUGGUAAAAAUGAAGCACACAGUAAUGAUUCUCUCCACAAAUGAGAAGAGACUUAAUGCAAAUGCCAACCUUGAGCUAGAAGAGUUACCUAUCUAGGGAGACUCACCAUAGAUUCCAAGUCAAGCCUGAACAGUAUGAAACUAUUUAUUGGCUUAAAGAAAGCAAAAUAUUUAUAUAACCUUGGUGAAAUAUAAUCAAUGAUGAGUGGCAAGUACGGGGGGACAAGGCAUAGAAAGUUUGGAGAUUAAUGAUUCUAUACAACUAUACACAAAAUUAAUGGAUUCAUUAAGAACCAAACCACUGAGGAUUAGCAGCUUUGUGGGGGUCUUUGCAAUACUCAGGGAAUAAAAAGUAAAAUAUUAAUGAGAAAUUGACUAUAGCACGCUACACAAGCAAGUUACAUAAGUCUUCCAUUAUUUCCCCUAGAGGCAAUGAACUUUCACAGAAUCUAUCAGGGAUGCAAUGCCUAAAAUACCCAGAAUACUUUGUAGUUAAGGUUCUAGAAACAUUACAAAAAAUAACAAGUCUAAGGUCUAGUAGGGGCAGCUAGGUGUCACUGUGGAUAGAAUACCAGGCCUGGAAUCAGGGAAACUCAUCUUCCUAAAUUCAAAUCUGACCUAAGAUAUUUGCUAGAUAUGUGACCCUGGGCAAGUCACUUAACCCUGUCUGUUUCAAACAUGAACCACAAGAGAAAGCAAGUCAAAGUAUUUCUGGGCUUAAUAAAUGGAAUUUAUUAUUAUAUUAAUAUAUUAUAUAUAUAACAUAUAUUAAUAAAUGAAAAAGGAAAAUGAAAAUAGAAAAGAAAGAAGGAAGAAGUGAUUAAUCAAUAUACAUUUACUAAGUAUCUGCUAUGUGCAAGACAUUGUAACUAGAUUAAGAAAAUAUGAAAGAAUUCCUAUCCUCCCCACAAAAGAGUAAAUUCUACUGGGGAAGCAGACUUUACUUAUUCAUAUGUAGCAGCUCCAUG